AAAGGGUCAGAUCGGUGAUAGUUCUCUAUAUAUAUGAGUCAUCAAGGUCAAGUCUGAGUUCAAAAGCAUCAUUCCACACCUCUUGGCAGAGAUUUCUGAUUUUUGGCUCUCGAUCACAUUUGAGCAAACCAUUGAGGGUUUGGUUCAAAGCUUCAGAUUUUUGUUUUUACUAUUUUACAAAUUUUUUGUUCACAAUGAUUUGCUCUGUGAAACAAUCUGCUCUAGGGACCAGAGGUUCUUCUUCUAAUGCUAUUUUCCGGGAAAAACAUACAAGCCCAGUUCAGAUAUCUUCGUUUUCACCUUCUUUUCCCAGAGUAAAAACCCUGAAAUCUCUUGUUUCGGUGAAAAAACCAUUGUACCUUUCUCCCACUGGGAAGUUUGGUUCUGGGAAAAUUCAACAACAACACAGUUUGAUCACAUGUAAAGCGUACGAGGCCGAGCGAUCAGAGAUUGAAACAAGCACACCAUCAGAGGCAGCUCAGAAGCUGAAAAUUGGGAUAUACUUUGCAACAUGGUGGGCUCUGAAUGUGGUUUUUAAUAUUUAUAACAAGAAGGUCCUGAAUGCAUAUCCCUACCCUUGGCUUACUUCCACUCUCUCACUUGCAUGUGGGUCUCUUAUGAUGUUGAUCUCUUGGGCCACGAGGAUAGCUGAGGCGCCGAAGACUGAUCCUGAAUUCUGGAAGACUUUGUUUCCUGUUGCUGUUGCACAUACAAUAGGACAUGUAGCAGCAACAGUUAGCAUGUCAAAAGUUGCAGUUUCAUUCACCCACAUCAUCAAGAGUGGUGAGCCUGCAUUCAGUGUGUUGGUUUCAAGGCUUAUAUUGGGAGAGACCUUCCCGGUGCCGGUCUAUCUGUCUUUGAUUCCAAUUAUUGGUGGAUGUGCUCUUGCUGCUGUGACUGAGCUAAAUUUCAAUAUGACUGGUUUCAUGGGUGCUAUGAUAUCAAAUUUGGCAUUUGUGUUUCGCAAUAUCUUUUCAAAGAGGGGCAUGAAGGGGAAGUCUGUCAGUGGAAUGAACUACUACGCUUGUUUGUCAAUGUUGUCUCUCUUGAUUCUCACACCAUUUGCAUUUGCUGUGGAGGGACCGCAGAUGUGGGCAGCCGGAUGGCAAACAGCCCUCUCACAAAUUGGACCCCAAUUCAUUUGGUGGAUGGCUGCUCAAAGCGUGUUCUAUCAUCUGUACAACCAGGUCUCAUACAUGUCUCUAGACCAGAUCUCUCCUUUGACAUUUAGCAUUGGAAACACCAUGAAACGCAUAUCAGUCAUAGUCUCUUCAAUCAUCAUCUUCCGCACGCCAGUUCAGCCCAUCAAUAUUUUUGGAGCUUCCAUUGCCAUCCUUGGAACCUUCUUGUACUCACAGGCAAAACAAUAGGGUGAAGGAAUUAAUUCAAAGUAAAACCUGGUACAUCCUUGUACCCUGAUAAUCUCAGCCUGGAAGACAAGGAAGCUGAUUACAAGAGAUUUGUGACUGCUGGGUUUUGUUUUGAUGGGGAUGAUCUGGCUGUGUGAUAACCUGUAAAUAAUGACAUUAAACAAUAAUUCUGCUGAGGAAAUUGUAUCAUUCUAUAAAAGGUUAGCUAGUGGUUUGGAAGUUUUCUGUUUCAAAUUUCCCAGAAGUUUAAACUUUGGAAAAAAUAAAUGUUCUUGUUUCACACAGUCUGAGCCUCCUCCGAUGAUAUUCUGGAAACAUUUGUUUAUUUUAUUAGAAAGGUUUAAUAAUAAUCCGAGGACUAUUUUCUGUUU